CCGGAGCACGUGCGGGGAGCGGGAUCGACUCUCCAAGACGGGUUGCGGCGGUAUGUGAUUAGGGGGUUCUGAGUGACGGUCGUCUUUUGCCAGCGUGGAAGGAUGGAAACACCUGCCGCCGGCCUGUCUUUUUCGACUGCUCUCUUUGGAUGAAUUGAAUCCUCGGACUUAUUGGAUGAUUAUGCCUCUUUGGUAGACUGCCUACCAGGAGGACACCUCUCUGUGUCAUCUGCGCGCCCCAAAAAUGGCCACCGCAUUGCCAUUGCGCCCUUCUGGGAACGACUCGAACAGCCUACAGCCAACCUCGUCCGAUUCAUCGUCGAAAACGAAUGGCCUACCGAGACUGUCUCCUGCCACAUCUUUGCUCAGGCGAUCGCCCAGUGGUGCUCACACUGCGGUACAUCAACGCUCUGUCGACCAUGUCGCCCCAAAUUCCAGACCGCGGCGACACAAGUCGCAAUACCCGCUCGACUCGCCGGAACGACAUGUGGAAUAUAUUCUAGUAGCCUCGUUCCAUAUUGACCGGGGCCCGAUCAUGGAGCAUCAAUAUCCUGCGGCGAUCAGUGGCGAUGAGAGCAUGUUAGCGGAGCUUAUGCUUCCUGAUCAGACGCAUGUUCGAAGCCAAGACUGGACCAUUUUCUUCUUGCAUAAGGACACGAGCGCAGAUGAGGACGAGGGCUCUGAUUCCGAGAAGAAGAAGAAGAAAAAGAGGCGUCCAAGCAUGCAGGGAAACGAAUAUGCAGAGAAUGGAGAUGAAUUCGACAGUUCAGAGGACUCCGCAGAAAGCAGCGAUGAUGAAGAUGGAGGCGAAGGGCCUCCAUUGAUGUAUGUGCUUAACCUUGUGAAUACGAAACAAGAUAAUACGGUCAGGCGAGGCGCAGUAGUGAAGGCGAUGGCCAUUUGCACUCGCCAUUCAUUCCUUCAUAUCUACAAGCCUUUGCUUCUACUUGCACUCGAAGACUACUUCAAAUCGCCGUACCCCGAGACCCUUGCUACCCUCUACCAUGCGGUGAACGCUAUGGACCUCUCUCUCAUGCCCAAGCUUUCUAUGCUAGAAAGGCAAAUUCUGCAAGCAACAGACUCUAAAGACAUGUUUAUCGAGAAAUUCGAAGGGAUCAUCCAGCAGCGUCUAGCAAAGGGCGAGGAGAUAGGCGAGCCAGGAAGCCCGGUAUCACCGAAGAGGGCCGCUGCAGGGUACAUUCUUCCCAGGGAUACCCACGAAUUUGAGUCGAAAGUGGUUUAUAACGACAUACCAAUACCCGUGAAGGUGCCGACUGUGAUUUGGCCCGAGACCGUGGGAGAUUUCUCCUUGAUAAAACUGAUACAGACGUUCUCGGCCCCCCAUUCAGCGUCUCCUCAACCUUUUCUCCUCCACCCUCACCUCACAACAAACGGUGCAUUCACCCAUCCAAUUAUUGUUCUAAUCAAUGCAAUGCUCACUCAGAAGCGGGUCAUCUUCUUGGGGCACAAUCGUCCCUCGGGUGAGGUGGCGGAGGCCGUCCUUGCUGCCUGUGCACUUGCCUCUGGUGGCAUUCUGCGUGGUUUCACCCGGCAUGCAUUUCCAUAUACAGACUUGACAAAGAUCGAUGACUUGCUCAAGGUUCCGGGGUUCAUUGCUGGCGUAACGAACCCCACGUUCGCAAACCAUCCAGAGUGGUGGGAUCUCCUCUGUGACCUGCCCACCGGGCGAAUCAAAAUUAGUAGCCGCAUUGAACCUGCACCAGUGACGGAAGGACUUGUUUAUUUCCAACAACAGAAUUCUUUCAUUGCAUCAGGCUCGUCGGGUUCGGGCUCAGAUCCGACGGGUGACCACGCCUUCAUGGACGAUAUCCAGCGCGGUAUCACCAACCGUCAUGGUGAAAAUGCCAUCCGGGCCAAAUGGCGCGAGUAUAUCAUCAAGUUCACGCGUGUCGCGGCCGCCUUUGAGGAGGCUGUCUAUGGAACCUCGAAUUUGUUCGUCAUCGGGCCGGGAGAGGAACUAUCGCCUGAUAGCCCGAGCGGGCUUCAAGCAGAUCCCCUCAAUCCCACCACAUUGCGCGGACAUGGCUAUGUCUGGCCGGACGAGGGCUCGAAGCAACGGGAGCUAAUUGCCUCGGUCUCACGGAUUGAAGGAUGGAGGAAUACACGCUCGUACUACGGUUUUAUACAAGAUAUUGCGUCGAUGUAUUACCCUGCGCGACCGAUCAAAAGGCCGGACCUGCACCACCACCACGACCGCCUGAAGAAACUGAAGCUCUCGCAUGCAGAUUCCGGCGCCGUUUAUCUUGCUUUCGCCCACUCUGUGAAAGACUACGCGGGGAUCUGCCAGCUUCUUACCGUCACUCCGGAACGCAACGCAGGCCUGUUCUAUCUCAGCAUGGGUCUCUUCCACCCGGACCAUACCGUCCGCGAAAGCACGGUGGAUCUUCUGGAUCGCAUCGCGUCUCAUCCGGCUGGCCGUCAUUUCUGGGCACAGCUCGGCCGGUUCGCCAAGCUCGCCUACUUCCGCCUCAAGCGUGAUCGAGAAACCGCACAGAGUCCUGUCUCGGCUUCGAAAGCACAGGCCUCGAUGCCCUUUGGUAUUCAUCAGAGCCUGGUGGGUGUCGCUCUCGGGGAUGGCAACGUCCGAAAGAGCUGAUCAGCUUUCAUUGCAUUUGCAUUGUAUGGCGCUGCCUCCCCCCUUUUUUUUCUCCCUGUUUUUUCCCCCUAAUCUAUUUCGAUUUUUGAACCUUUUUGACAUGCUGGAGCAUUGCGAGAUUUUAUUCAACAUGCCGUGCAUUUGACAUCCGCUCGCCUGUCAGAUAUACCCAUCUUUUGACCCCCUAUUUCCUGAUACAUAGUUAUUGAGCUCUUGUCGGCUUCUUGUCAACGAAGUACGAAUCUUCAAAUUAUUCUGUGUUUAUGCUUCCUUUUUGUUGGGCGUGUCCUAUCAUAUCAACUUCCUUUCCCCCCCCCCCCUUUUUUU